UUUGUUUACAUAGGGUUUGUAAGCUGGCAUGGUGACUCAGCUAGGUAGAUUAAUGGGUGAAAAAGUGCUUCCCUCUUCAAGUCACCUUGUAUAUAAGCACUCAUCAUGCUUGUUCGUGUCAUUCUAGAGAGAGAGAGAAAGAUGGGGAGGCCUCCUUGCUGUGAUAAAGUUGGUGUCAAGAAAGGUCCAUGGACUCCUGAAGAAGACAUCAUCUUAGUCUCCUACAUCCAACAACAUGGUCCUGGAAAUUGGAGAUCAGUGCCUGCAAACACUGGGUUGUUAAGGUGCAGCAAAAGUUGCAGACUUAGGUGGACUAACUACCUCCGGCCGGGAAUCAAGCGAGGCAACUUCACUCCUCACGAAGAAGGGAUGAUCGUCCACUUGCAAGCUUUAUUGGGUAACAAAUGGGCAGCUAUAGCUUCUUACCUCCCACAAAGAACAGACAAUGAUAUAAAGAACUAUUGGAACACACACUUGAAGAAGAAAAUGAGAAGAUUUCAAUCAGCUUUAGAUCCUCACAUGGCAUCAGAUGAUAAUUCAACUAGCCAUCACUUUGUAUCCAAAAGCUACAGAGCAAGUACUAUUGACGAGAAGAUUUUAGAUGUCACAAGUAAUGCCUCAACUACUUCCACAUAUGCCUCGAGCACAGAGAAUAUUUCAAGACUCUUAGAGGGUUGGAUGAGAUCUACACCAAAGACUACUAAUCUUUCCAUGAUCAAUAUUGGAGCUAAAGAGAAAGUAGUAAACGAGGAUAGAAUUGGAAAUUCUGAGGCAACAACCUCGCUUCUGUGUCACACCCAACAGAAAGCCGAGCAAGAAGAAGAUGAUGAUUUAUUCUCUAGUGAAGAAUUUGAAUCUAUAGCUGGUUGGGAGAAGUACUUGUCAAGUGAUUCUACUCUGAAAGGAUCUCAAACUGCUGCGACGACCGGUGAAAAAAUGCAUCUUAUGCAUGAGAGGAAGCAAAGAUCAGAUCAUAAUAAUCCUCCAUUUUCAUUUCUUGAGAAAUGGCUCUUGGAUGAGAGUAGUGCUGGUCAAGCAGAAGAGAUGAUUGAAUCCCCUCCAACAUUCUGAAAAAUUCAGAUUAUAUGUAUGUAUAUAUAUAUCUAGGUGCAUCACAUAGUGUAUGUCUUGUAUACGUGUUGAAAAGUUAAAAGACGGACUUUACAUUUGAUAUUAUUCUACUCGAUCUAUCUUCGGGUUUGUCAGCUCUAUAUGUUUGACCAUUUUAGUAGUUUUUUUUUUUUUUUUUCCCUUGAAAGUUGGGAUUUCCUUGCAAAAUGUAAUUUCAGUGAUGAUACUGAAAGAAUUAUGUGAACUAAGCUUUAGUUUGUCGCUUUGUCUCUCUA